GCCACAUGUGCUGCGCUGGUACAUGUACAUGGUGGACAUAAUAGCCAGAGCAUAAUAUAAUAGCUAUGGCAGGACAGGGAUUCAGUAGCGCUCUGAAACUGACAGAUUUAAAUGAUUUCAUUACUCCAUCUCAAGUAAGUCAGAGUGCAUCAUGCCUGUCAAGAUAGAUAAAUCUUCUUCCAAGGCUGGUGCCGCUGCAGUAUCUAUCGACAGUGACGGAACAUAUCUGGAACUCGAUGAGAAAGGACAAAAGCAUUACCUAAAGAAGGCCACGAUAACGCUAAGUGAUUGUUUGGCAUGCAGUGGAUGUGUAACAUCUGCAGAGACUGUCUUACUACAGCAGCAGAGUCAAGCAGAGCUCCUUCGAGUCAUACAGGACAACGAACAUUUUAAGGAGAUUGGUGACAUUGACAAGGUGAAGGUGGUUGUGCUGUCAUUAUCGCCGCAGUCCAGAGCAUCACUUGCUGUUGACCAUAAACUAACUGAUGUGCAGCAGGCUGGAGGGAAGUUGGUCACAUUUUUCAAAAAGUUGGGUGUUCAAUAUGUGUUUGAUACAACAUUUUCAAGAGACUUCAGCCUGCUAGAGAGCGCACGUGAGUUUGUGAGGAGGUACAAAUCUUCAAGUGACAAGUCUUUGCCAAUGUUAACUUCUGCUUGUCCAGGGUGGGUCUGCUAUGCUGAAAAAGUUCAUGGAAGCUUUGUUUUACCGUACAUCAGCACGGCAAAAUCUCCUCAGCAAGUAAUGGGAUCAUUAGUGAAGGAUUAUUUCGCAAAGCUGUUGAUGAAGAGACCUGAUCAAUUAUUCCAUGUUGCUGUAAUGCCCUGUUUUGAUAAGAAGUUAGAAGCUUCACGGAGUGAUUUCUACGAUGAUGUUAGUCAUUCUAAAGAUGUUGAUUGUGUCCUAACAACCGGUGAAGUUAACGCAUUGAUUAAAGAACAGGAAGUAGUUUUAAGCAAUCUUGAUGUACAACAAUUCGACAAGCCGUUUUCAGGGUCAGGUGUUGACGAUAUAUACGUGCAUGCUGGAGGAGGUGCGGGUGGAUAUCUGGAAGCAGUUCUGAAUUAUUCUGCCAACAAACUAUUUGGACUUGAACUGAAAGAUAUUUCAUACAAAAAUCUUCGUAACAAAGAUAUGAGAGAAGUUGUUGUGAAAAUCGAUGAAAAGACAGAGCUAAAAUUUGCUGCAGCCUAUGGAUUUAGAAACAUUCAAAACCUUAUGCAAAAACUGAGGCGGGGACGCUGUAAUUACCAUUUUGUUGAAGUAAUGGCAUGUCCAAGUGGUUGCCUAAAUGGUGGUGGCCAAAUACAUGCAUCUCUCAAAGCUGAUGCUGCAAAAGUCAUUCUCCCUCAAGUUGAACAAAUCUAUAAUGGACUGAAAGUGAAGUUACCGGAAGAGAAUGAAGCCGUGCAAGUUUUGUAUAGGGAAUGGCUGCAGGGUGACAGUGUGGAGAGCUGUAGUAUUGAAAAGCUGCUUCAUACAACUUAUCAUCACAUUGAAACACAAACUACAUCGCUUGCAAUUAAAUGGUAGACAGUAGUAGACAUUUUUUAUUUAAUGUGAGAAUCUGAUCGUUGCAAUGAACAAGGUUUAGAGUUUA